AGCAGAGUUUCGCAGGAGCUAGGAGGUGCUGUACGGAUCAUGUCCAUAUGAAGUGGCAUGAAGAAAGGAGCCCUGGAGCUAUUCAUCAGUAUUCUACACUGCAGAAGGAGGACACAAGAAAUCUCCUUUCUACCCUUCCUACCUUGUGCUCAACUUUAGGAUCACUGUAGAAGGAUUCACGCUAAAGGCUCUGAUUGCCUGUUAGGUGGUCAUCAACAGGUGGGACUCUCCAAAAAGCUUGAAUCCGCCCUAUACCAUUGGUGAAGGAGACCCGUGUGGUAUUUUCUCUCCUUACUGGUCCUGAAGAAGUUUUCAUCAUUACUUCCAAAAGUGAAGAAGACUUUCUAGCCCUGGCAGCGUCCAGGCUGAGCCGCAGGAAGAGGGUGAUUGGUGCGGCUAUAGGGGUGGCCAUGGUGCUGAUAUUGCUGAUAGCUAUUCCUUUGCUGGUAAGCAGUUCAAAGACAAGCACCCACUAUGAGAUGCUGGGAAGCUGUAGGAUGGUGUGUGAUCCCUAUACUCCUCAGACACAAGGAGCAGAGUCCAGCCAGGAGCUCUCCUUAAUAUCGCCUCCACCUCCUCACCUGCAGAGCGGCAAGGGCGACCAGACCAGAAAAGGAAAGUCAGGAAUAAGAGGUCUUCCAGGACCUCCUGGGCCUCAAGGACCCAGAGGACCUCCUGGUGAACCAGGACGACCUGGCCCCCCUGGACCACCGGGCCCGGGACCAGGUGGAUACGUGUCAUCCUACUACAGUCCUAAGAUCGCGUUCUACGCUGGGCUGAGGAAACCGCACGAGGGUUACGAGGUAUUGCGAUUUGAUGAUGUUGUUACCAAUGUGGGGAACUACUAUGAACCCUCCACGGGUAAAUUCACCUGCCCCUUGCCGGGAAUCUACUUCUUCGCUUACCACGUGUUGAUGAGAGGUGGGGACGGGACAAGUAUGUGGGCAGACUUAAUGAAGAACUCCCAGGUUCGAGCAAGCGCCAUUGCCCAGGACGCGGACCAGAACUAUGACUAUGCUAGCAACAGUGUCAUCCUGCACCUUGAUGUGGGGGACGAAGUAUAUGUGAAACUGGAUGGGGGCAAAGUACAUGGCGGCAACACCAACAAAUACAGUACCUUCUCUGGUUUCAUCAUCUACCCUGACUGAGCUGCCAGCAAGUACAAAUACUUUUUCCAUACCAGAGACUUGCAGAGCAUUGCUCCAGUUACCCCUUUCCUGCAAGACAGAUUGUGUUACUCCAUGUUACCCUUUCCUCACUGGAAACUUGCAGGACAUAUUUUGUUAACCCCUUCUGUGCUAGAAAAGCUUACUUAUUAUGCACAACAACACAUCUAGCAAACAAGAGGUUAAAAGAGCUCACUCUUCUUCCGUAUAUGACUGAGCUAAAUUGGACUCUUUGAGAAUAGGGGGCAAAGAUCUGGCGUCUCUCUGGUUAGCUCUGAUCUGCAGAAGCUGCUUAUGUUUGCUGGUUACCAGCUGUUUCAUUUGGAAGAUCAUGGACUCUUGUGUUAUAACAUUUUGAUGUCUUGGCAGAAGAUAGAAGCUAGGGGCUGUACCAGGGGCAAAAACGUUUUAAAACCUUGUUGAUCCAUCUAUAUGUGUAUGUGUAAUUUAUUGUAUGUAUGUGUGUGCUAACACAAUGUGUCAGAAAAUACUGUUUCAGCUGCCAUCUCCAUGCUAAUUUGUGUGCAUCCCUGGUUAUUUAAUAUGUUUAUGCAAAAUGGAACUCAGGACAUGAAUGAUUCCAUAACAUAUUUGAGAGGGUUAAUGUACCUCAUUUUCUGUGGUCAGAGCUGUUGGAGUCUUCUGCAUAAAAA